ACGAACGUUCAUUUUAUCCAGAAAUUAUUUUUACAUAUAUAUUAUUAUAUCCCUUUUUGAAUAUAAAAAUAAGAUUUAGCGAUAAAAGUUAAUCCUGUUCGUAUUAUAUUUCCUAAAGAAAAGGUUUUCUUAGAUUUAAAACGUUUACCUACAUGUUCUUUUCAUUAAAACGAAAGAUUACUGCGAAAGAAAGAAAAAGAAUGAUGUAAAUGCUUUCAAAGUUCGUCGGACUAGAAAAGUAACGAUCGAACGAGACUAUGUGUUUUGAGAGGGCGUCACGCGAUCGACAUACAUAGGUAACAAGGGCAAAAAACAGAACACGAGUAAAGUCUUAAGACAUAAUAACAAUAAUAAUAAAAAACAAAUCAAAUAAAAAAAACAUAAUUAGAUAAUAGAUAUAGUUUCGAAAAAAAAUAUUAUUCCUCCCGUAUGAUCGUACGUAUUUAUUCUCGAGGUGAAUAAAAAGAAUUCUAUCAGAUAGAGAUAGUUAUAGAAAUAAUCGCGUGAACGAAAGUACGAUAAUAGAAUAAAGGAAAGUAAUUGGAAGGCAAACUGGGUCGUUGAACUUGGUGAAUGAAAUUGGGCGAGUUGUUGAUGGAUCUCACUCGUUAAUAACGAAUGAACUUAAGCAGCACUAAUUGAAAAUUACUUUGGACUUUUAAGUAACAAGCGAUUUUCAUUUCUCAAUUGAAAUUGUUUUCAAUUUAAUUAUAGAUAUUGCGGCUUUUUUGAUCUUAUUUUUUUGUUUCUUUUUUGCAAGCCGUUAAUAAAGACCGACGAGAUUAAUCCGAUUAAAAGUUAUUUCAUUAUGUCAUUAUUUAUUAGAGUUGCAUAAUAAAGGCGACAAAAUAGCGCAACUUCUUUUAAAGAGAAAAUUGGUAGAAAAAUUAAAACAAAAAAAAAAAGAAAAAUAAAUUCCGGAGAUUUUAAGAUUGAAGGAUCAUGGCCUUGUAAUGUGAUAAAUGCGAGCAACGAACUCUUUUUCCUUACUUAGCAAAUAUCAUCGUCGUUGUCGUCGUCGUUGUAUCUAUGGUUACAAAGGAAAAACAUAAAAUGAGUGUUCGUCGACGAAUCAACCACCAAUAACGAGCCGGUCCCGUUUCGAUGCGUUCUCCAGUAGGUCCUCGAGCACCAUGGAAUAGGACCAAUGGGGAUCCUUGUUGGUGGCGCGCUACUUUCUUUCGAAGCUUCUCGAGGAUUUCGAUCGAACUCGUUCAGUGCUUUUACUCCUCAGAAUGUAAAUCGCUUUACUGUGCACCGGUUGCUUCGCGCAGGACGCGGGAUUAUGACGCGUUGCUCGUAAAAAUCACUGAUUAUAUACUUCCGUCGACUUCCUUUUUACAUUUAUAGUAAUAGGAUUAUUAUUAUAUAGAAUCAGAUAUUAUAAUAAUAUUAUUGUUAUUAUAAAUUUAAUAUCAUCAUGGAGUCCUGCGGUAUGAGCUUGAUCAAAUACAUCCUCUUCGUCUUCAAUUUGAUCUUCGCUAUUUCUGGUAUUGGGAUCAUCGUAGCGGGAGCUCUCGUUCUCGGAGAUGUCGGCGAGUUUAGCCAUUUUGUCGAAGGAAGAAUAAUGGCACCUCCCAUUGUCCUCAUAGUCGCUGGUGUUAUUGUUUUUAUUGUCGCCUUCCUUGGUUGUUAUGGUGCGAUCAAGGAACACUAUAACAUGCUGAUCGCAUUCGCAGCUGCGCUCUUGAUCAUUUUCGUGAUCGAACUCGCGGUUGGAAUUGCAGCGGCAGUCUUCAAAAAUGAUUUCAGUAUGGCGAUGAAGGAUACGUUGAAGGAAUCGAUGAAGAAUUAUACUGACGCAGACAAGUUUGCCUGGGAUAAUGUGCAGAACAAGUUGAUGUGCUGCGGGGUAGACGGACCAAACGAUUGGAACACAAUCAAUGCCUUCAUAGGGACUUUGCCACCUUCUUGCUGCAUGAAAAUGCAAAAUCCUUGUGCGAUUGGAAGUCUAGACGUUAACAAGGAAGGUUGCUUCGAUAAAUUGAAAAUGCGUGUUCAAAAAGGAGCUACUAUAUUGAUCGGUGUAGGAAUCGGUAUUGCUUUCAUAGAGAUCGCUGGUAUAAUACUUGCUUGUUGUCUAGCUAUGGCCAUAAAAAGAGAGACCAAUAAAUGAAACGAGGUCGUUUAAUUUUUCAUACGAAUUUUCUUUUUUAUAUUAUUUUUUUAUAUUUAAUUUACGCGAUUUACAUCUGAUUAUAUCAGCUGAUUUUCAUAAAUAACGCAGGAAUCAGAACUGUGACAGAAUCGUUUCCUCGUAUGAAAAAAUGAUUGAUAAUGGAAAGUAUAUUUAAUCGAUUGAUCACUAUUUGUUAUGAGUAAAAGUAAAGAUGAUAAAUAUUUCUUGCAUUUUGUUAUAUUUUUGUAACGUGUUUGUGAAAGUAUACAUGGUGAUUGUUAAAUGUAUGUCGAUAUGUCAGGGUUUAAAUCUAUACACUAAUAUAAGCAAGGAUAUAUAGGAUAUAUGUUCAUAUGGCAUUUUCUUUUACUUAUAUCAGUAUGUAAAUUUAAUUCCUGAAGAAUUUAUAUGCAUUUAUGAAUCACAUUGUAUAUACAUACACUUAUUAUGAAUAUAUUUAAGCUAACUUGUGUGAACGUGUAUGCUAAAUGUUUUUGUAGUUAAUAGAUAAAUGUC